AUGGUAGCCAAGACCUCUGUGGUGAAGGCCAAGAGCUCCUUGGAUCUCCCCAAGACAUCCUUGAGAGUGGCCAAGGCCUCCUUGGUGGUGGCCAAGACCUCUGUGGUGGGGGCCAAGACCUACAUGGUGGUGGCCAAGAACUUUAUGGUAGUGCCCUGGAACUCUUUGGUGGUCAAGACCUCCAUGAUGGUAGCCAAGACCUCUAUGGUGGAGGCCAAGACCUUCUUGGUGAUGGCCAAGAUCUCCAUGAUGGUGGUCAAGAAUUCUAUGACCUCCUUGAUCGUGACCAAGACCUCUAUGUUGGAGGCCAAGACCUCCAUUGUGGUGGCCAAGACCUCCAUAGUGGCCAAGAACUCUUUGGUGGUGGCCAAGACCUGCACGGUGGUAGCCAAGGCCUCUGUGGUAGAGGCCAAGAUCUCUGGUGGUCAAGACCUGCAUGGGAUGGCUCCUGGUGGCCAUGGGACCUUCAUCUUCAUCUCCAUCAUCAUCCUCUCGGUGACCAACCUUGCAGUGGCCCAAGGUGAAGGCAACGAAGGUGGAGAAGACCCCGUGGACGAGUCGCGGAUCAUCGGAGGCGUGCCCUGCUCCAUCUCCAGCAGGCCCUUCCAGGUGGCCAUCGUCAAGAGGGGGCAGAUCCUCUGCGGGGGCAGCCUCAUCGACGCCCAAUGGGUGCUGACCGCCGCCCACUGCAAGCAGCCAACCAGGGACCUGAGGGUGCUGAUCGGGACGGACACCCUGCGGGAGGGCACCGGGGAGGUGAGGACCAUCCAGAAGGUCCAGGUCCACCCCCGCUACAACCCCCGGCGGAACGACAACGACUUCAUGCUGCUGAGGCUGAACAGGCCUGUGAGCUUCAGCAGCACCAUCAAGAAGAUCAGGCUGGCCAGCAGGUGCCCCACGGAGGGCAUGAGGUGCAGCGUCUCCGGCUGGGGCACCACCAGGUCCCCUGGAGCCAAGCUGCCCCAGAAGCUCCAAUGUGCCUCCAUCCAGACCUUUGGGAGGUCCUCCUGCUCCAGGGCCUAUGGCAGCUCCAUCACCCCCAACAUGUUCUGCGCUGGGGUGCCCCAGGGGGGCAUCGACUCCUGCCAGGGCGACUCCGGGGGCCCGCUGGUGUGCGGCGGCGUGCUGCAGGGGGUGGUGUCCUGGGGCAUGGCCGUGUGCGGCCGCCGCGGCCAGCCCGGAGUCUACUCCAACGUCUGCACCGCCUCCGCCUGGAUCCGCGGCGUCAUCCGCCGCAUCAGCAUCAUCUUCUUCAUCUUCAUCAUCACCACCUUCUUCAUCAUUUCCACCACCAUCAUCAUCUUCAUCUUCAUCAUGAUCACCACCAUCACCCUCUGCAGUAUGGAGAGCCUCCUGCCGCUGCUGCUGCUGGCUGCCGCGGCCGCGGGCGACGAGAACAGGAUCGUGGGGGGGCAGCGGUGCCAGCGCCGGCGCCAUCCCUACCAGGUGGUGCUGCUGGGGCCCCAGGGCCAGAUCCACUGCGGGGGGGUCCUGAUCGGCAGGAGCUGGGUGCUGAGCGCCGCCCACUGCGACACCCAGAGCUCCAUCCCCAUCCGGAUGGGGGACCACAGCCUGGCGACGAAGGAGGGCACGGAGCAGUGCAUCCCCUCGGCCAAAGCCUUCAUCCACCCCAGCUACAACCCCAGCAGCCACGACGGGGACCUGAUGCUGCUGCGGCUGCAGCGCCCUGCCCGCAUCACCCCUCAUGUCCAGCCGGUGGCGCUGCCGCGCCGCUGCCCGCCCCCCAACACCCAGUGCCUGGUCUCCGGCUGGGGCAGCACCAGCAGCCCCCAGGGGUCCUUCCCAGAUGUCCUCCAGUGUGGGGUGGUCUACACCAUCUCCAACGAGGAGUGUGAGAAGCUCUACCCCAAGGGCAUCACAAAGAACAUGCUCUGUGCAGGCCUCAGCUCGGGGGGCACCGACUCCUGCCAGGGUGACUCCGGGGGGCCGCUGGUGUGCGGCCAGGAGCUGCAGGGCAUCGUCUCGUGGGGGCUGGAGGUGUGCGGCCGGGCCGGGAAGCCAGGAGUCUACACCAGGCUCUGCCAGUUCACCUCCUGGAUCCACCGAACCAUCAGUGCCAACGGGGGGCCCUGA